AUUGGACGAGUCUAUUGUUAAGUUUUCCCAUAGCAAUUAUCGCGCCAAGUCGAAAGAAAGGAAUUAAAAUCUGAUGCUGCUUUCCUUCAGCCACCUAACGUCUUCAUCGUGCGGUUAUUCAGUGGGUUAUUCCGAGUUGGUGUAUCGUUGUGGAAGCACGUGUUACGCGCGUUCAUAUCGCGAAAUAAAAUUCGUGAAAACAAUAAAACCAGUCCGUUAUGAUCGAUAGCGCGGCCGGCUCGAGUUACAAGUGAAAAUAAACAUUUUAUCGGAUAUCGUGUAUCGAGUUCAUAGUUACCAAUUGUUUUGUGUUUCGCGAAAAGUUCACUGGUUUUGUGAUUUCUCUGAAAGGCUGUUUAAUACUUUUUCAUUUAGAACUGUGUUUUAAUAUGGAUCUUUCUCCGUUCAGCCGACAUGGAUAAUUCAUGACCCCGUUUCUAACUUGGCGAUGUACCUGAUACAUUUAACAGCAAAAAUGUUGGAAAUACCUGAAUUUGUAUGCGACAAUAUAUCCGAAGCGAGUUUCGUCACAACAGUAGAAGAGGCGAGUCGAAUAGACCAGUGCACACAGACGCCACCUUGCGGGAAAGUCAAGGCGCGCCUGCAAAGGUUUCACACCAGCGAUCACCUCUACGAACGCCACAAACCGUAUAGAACGAAGGACUAUCGACCAAAGAGUUUGGGUUUAUGUGAAACGUACCCGUGCUUUGGAAAACCACCGAGCUAUGAUAGCGGGAGUCAGGUUAAGUUCAAGGCAGCCACAGAUAGUCCCACAAUAUCAGUAACAGCACCACACAGUCUGGAGUACGAUUGUGGGAAGGGCGCUAGCACGCCCAACGGUAGCAUAACUCCAAACAUGUUGUCUGGGAAGUCUACAGCCACCGUCCUAUUGAGUCCUGGGUACAUGCAGCAUUGCCAGUGUAACCAGAGUAUUAGGAGUGUAAGCGAAGUGGCUCUAGCGAUGCCAGUUAACAAUUGGAGCGAAGAACCUCCAGCGCCAGGAUCACCGGAUGGUCUUUCAUGGCGAAGGUUACACAUGUCGAGAGCUAAACUGAAAGCCACGGCCACUACCUCGGAAUUAUUGUCGGGUUUCGCAAUGGUAGCAAUGGUGGAACUUCAGAUUAACGAGCCCACAAACGUACCAGAAUGGCUCUUCGUAAUGUUUGCAGUGUGUACCACAGUUCUAGUUGCUGUGCAUAUAUUUGCGUUAAUGAUUUCCACGUAUUUACUGCCAAAUAUUGAUGCUGUUAGCAAAAUGGAGCCCGGUUACCCGUCUAGGGCACUAAGGGAAUCGCCGCAUGAAAGAAUGAGAGGAUUUAUAGAACUGGCGUGGGCGUUUAGUACUGUUUUAGGUUUAUUCCUCUUUCUGGUGGAGAUAGCUAUACUAUGCUGGGUUAAAUUCUGGGACUAUUCUUUUGCGGCGGCCACGGCAGCGACAGUUAUCGUCAUUCCAGUGCUAAUAGUUUUCGUCGCUUUCGCAAUCCAUUUCUACCACUCCCUUGUGGUGCAAAAAUGCGAGACUUCAGUACAAGAUAUAAAACAACUUGAAAAUAUGAAACGGGACUUGGACACUGCGACUGUUAAAGUCAACAUGUACCCAUGAAACGGCUGUGCAGAAUUAGAUAAAACUUUUACCACUUGGAAUUUGAAUAUGACUCGAAAUAUAGGAAAAAUACGAAGCGUUUGUGACGAAUAAUGUUCCAUAGUUAAAUAACCAUAAUUUCGUUCUGUAAUUUUAUAGUUAAUUUAUUCGAAAAAUUGUAUCAAUACGAACAUCGAAAAUACAGAACAACGACAUUUAAAUCGAUGUGCAAUAAAGUAUUUAAGAUAAAUGAUCUUAUUUAGGUAUACAGUAUAAUCUCGAUAACGAAUCUUAGACAGUGUCUUCUGUAAAUAGUUCUAGAUAUUUUAUUUAUAAGUUAGUAAUUAAUAUUAUGUACUUAUUAUACAUAAUACAUACUUAUACAACAAUUAUCUGUAAAUAUCUAUAUUCCACUUAAUUGUUAUAUAAUUCAAAUAUAUAUAUGUUAUACUGUAACAGGAUAUAUAUAGAUAUAUUAUAUUCCUAAAUAUAAAACUCAAGCGUAGAUGGAAUUAGCUAAAAUGAAUGAAGUAGAUAUUUCUAGAAAUUUUGUAUAGAAAAAUUUGUUAGGUAGAGCCUAUUUAUUAUUCAUAUAUUUUUGUUUAUCAAAGAUUGAAAACUGACACUUUUUUAAUGCCUUGGUUAUAUGACAUCUUAUAUUUUGUUAGCAAUAAUUUUAUUUAGAUAUUAAAAUCUAGAUUCGAUAUAACAUGCGUUCCUUAGAAACUAUACGUAAUUAUAAGCAUUAGACAAGUAUUUAAUUAAUGAAAGUAUGAAAUAUUUGUACUAUAUAAAAUAUUAUAUUAGAAUUUAGACAUAUUUUGAAGACUGUC